CGCGCGCCGCCUCCCCCAGGCCAGGCCUUCUACCCUUGCAACAGACAACAACCCUGCAACAGCCACAAUCUUCGAGUGUCGGGUAAAGUGCAGACCCCGCUCCAGAGCGAGAGAACGACAUGGCGGCGACCAAGCCGGAGAACCUCACCCUGGUGGUGCACGGACCCGGGGACCUACGCCUGGAGAACUACCCUAUCCCUGAACCAGGCCCAAAUGAGGUGCUGCUAAAGAUGCACUCCGUUGGAAUCUGUGGUUCAGAUGUUCACUACUGGCAACAUGGUCGAAUUGGGGAUUUUAUUGUGAAAAAGCCAAUGGUGCUGGGCCAUGAAGCUUCAGGAACUGUUGUGAAAGUGGGAUCACUGGUCAAACACCUCAAACCAGGUGACCGAGUUGCCAUCGAGCCCGGUGCUCCCCGAGAAACGGAUGAAUUUUGUAAGAUCGGCCGGUACAACCUGUCGCCAUCUAUCUUCUUCUGCGCCACGCCCCCGGAUGAUGGGAACCUCUGUCGCUUCUACAAGCACAACGCCGACUUCUGCUACAAGCUUCCGGACAAUGUCACCUUUGAAGAAGGGGCCCUGAUUGAGCCACUGUCUGUGGGGAUCUAUGCCUGCCGACGAGCUGGGGUCACCCUGGGACACAGGGUCCUUGUGUGUGGAGCUGGGCCAAUUGGAAUGGUCACUUUGCUUGUGGCCAAAGCAAUGGGAGCAGCUCAAGUUGUAGUAACUGAUCUGUCUGCCUCAAGGUUGUCUAGAGCUACAGAAGCCGGGGCUGAUUUCAUCAUCCAGAUAUCCAAGGAGAGCCCACAGGAAGUCGCCAAGAAGGUGGAGGGCCUGCUAGGAUGCAAACCGGAAGUCACCAUCGAGUGCACAGGCGCAGAGUCCGCCAUCCAGACGGGCAUCUAUGCCACUCGUUCUGGUGGGACCCUGGUGCUCGUGGGGAUGGGCCCUGAGAUGGUGUCUGUGCCCCUGGUGCAUGCAGCCAUCCGCGAGGUGGACAUCAAGGGUGUGUUUCGCUAUUGCAACACGUGGCCCAUGGCAAUUGCAAUGCUCGCCUCAAAGUCUGUGAAUGUGAAGUCCUUAGUCACCCACAGGUUUCCUCUGGAGAAAGCUCUGGAGGCCUUUGAAACAUCCAAAAAGGGGCUGGGGUUGAAAGUCAUGCUCAAGUGUGACCCCAGCGACCAGAAUCUCUGAAGCGCAUUGGGCUCUGCCCCACCUCCACCUCCCACCCUUCCCGCAUCUGGGGCUAAAUGACUAGGUAGGGUAGACUUUGAUGCAGAAGUUCAUUUUGAGCAACAGGAAUAAUCAGUAAUUCUUUACAAACAAUCACACACAGAGAAGUUGGCCUACCCUGAAAACACAGUGGGGGGAAUUUGGGGGAAAUUUGUAGCUGGAAUGAACCUGUUCAUACUGAGCAAAGUUCAGCAAGUAGAACAGAGCUUUGCAGGUCCGUGCCAGGAACUCCCUUCUUCCUGGAAUGCCUGAGAUGAGUAAGGGAAGAAAGCUGCCUGUUGGGUUCCUGGUUCCACCUUGACUGUGGCCGAGGAGAGAUAACUUCAUGAGUAAAAACUAGGCCCAGAAGCUGACCUGCACAAAAUCCUGCAACUCAGGGUCGAUCUAGGAUGGGGGUUUGUUGAUGGUUUGAGUCUUAUGUAUUAGAUUUGGCCGUAAAGGUAGAAAGUAAGGGACUGGCCUUACUUUUAAAGUCAAUCAAACAAAUAAAUUUUCAUGUGAAAUGAAA